AUGUUUUUUAUCUCUUUUCUUCCGCCAUUUUAUUUUUCUAUUUUUGUUCUUCGUCGCUCUUUCUCCGUUGCUUCUUUUGUUUCUUUUUCUACCAUUUUGUUUGCUUUUUUUCCCCGCUUCUUUGUUCCACUUUUCCCUCUUUUCUUUCUUCUUCCGCCAUUUUCUUCCUCUUCCCUUUAUUUUUCUCUACUUCUGCCUUUCUAUCUCUCACGUUACUUUCUUCAAUCUUUAUUUUCUGUAAUUCAUUUAUUCUUUCACUUCUUCACUUUUUCUUUCUUUCUUUCUCCCCUUUUCAUCUUUUUCUUCUUCACAUUUCUUUUUUUCUUUCUUUCUUUUUCUUCUUUCAUUCUUUCAAUUCUUCUUCACUCUUUCUUUCUAUUUUUCUUUCGUUCUUUCUUUCUCCACUUUUCUUUGUCUUAUACACACUUUUUUCUUCCUUUCUUUCCUCUGGUCAGCCUACUUUUUUUCUUUCUUUCUUUCUUUCUUUCUUUCUUUCUUUCUCGGUUUUUCUUUCUUUUUACGCUUUCACUCUUUUUUACUUUCUUUCUUUGUUCUUCUUUCUUUAUUUCCUUCGCUGGACAGCCUACUUUCUAUUUUGUUAUUGUUUUUUCUAUCUAUCUAUCUAUCUAUCUAUCUGUUCAGGUUGAGAGAAUGAAACUGGAAUUAAAAAGUUUAGACGAUCAACUGAACAUAGAAACUGAAGAACUGAGGAUCGAGAAAGAGAGGAGAUCAAGUGAUUCGACGAAAUUACAACAGAAAAUAAAUAAAAUGAUUAGCGAUUUCUCGGACGCCAAACUGUCACUCGAGUUGGAAAUUAUUGCUUAUAAAAAACUCCUGGAAAGUGAAGAGAACAGAUUCGCGAAAGUAUCUCAGGCCAAAGAAGAAGAGAGCAAUUCUAGCUCAAGAGUUGAAUCAUCCCAAGUUACUGAGUCUGUCUCUUCAUAUCUAUCACAGUCUCUUCAUAUCUCUCUAGCUACCAAAGUCUCUUCAUAUCUAUCUAUCUAUCUAUCUAUCUAUCUAUCUAUUUAUUUCGAUAUGUUUAUAUCUAUCUUUCACAGUCACUUCAUAUCUAAGUCUCGUCAUAUCUAUCUAUUUCAGUCAGUUUAUAUCUAUUUAUCUAUCUCAGUCUCUUCAUAUCUAUCACAGUCUUUUCAUAGCUAUUUAUCUAUCAGUCUGUUCAUAUCUAUUUCAGUCUCUUUGUAUCUAUCUAUCUAUCUCAAUCUUCUCGUCAUAUCUAUCUAUCUUCCUAUUUCAAUCUGUUUAUAUCUAUCUAUCUCAGUCUCUUCAUAUCUGUCACAGUCUCUUCAUAUCUAUCUAUCUAUCUAUCUAUCUAUCUAUCUAUCUAUCUGUCUGUCUGUCUCUUUUCCUAUCUCUGUAUCUAUCUAUUACUGUCAGUCUCCAUCAGAAAACCUACCCUGUAGGUUCGAUGUUAGUCUUUCGUUAUAUGACUAA